AUGGAGCGGUACAGUGUCAAGUGGUUUUUAUUUGUGUGCCUAAUUGGGGUUUCAUUGCCAGGAUCUGAAGAGUUAUCUCUGCCCACUGACCCCACCUACAAUGCUGGUGUUGUGGAAUUCGCCCCCGCCAUGGAGGGCUCACCCAAAGCCCGAGUAAGGGAUAAUAUGGAACGCAUGAAAGCCAUAAUCGAAUCGAAUGCUACCCUCGAUCUGGAUAUUUUAGUUUUUCCCGAAUAUGUUUUAAAUAAUAUGGAUGUAAUGACAUAUGUACCCGAUCCCAAGGAUAAAAUUGCCCCCUGUGUUGUGGCCAAUUACGAUUGGUUUUUAACGGAAUUGUCAUGUGCUGCCCGCAGUCGUAAACUGUAUGUUGUAUUGAAUCUUAUGGAAAAGGCGAAAUGUAAUACUGGCGAUACGGAUUGUAAAAACGGCUUGAAAAUCUACAAUACAAAUGUUGUAUUGGAUCGUGAGGGCCGUGUUAUAUCACGUUAUCGUAAAACCCAUUUGUAUCGUUAUGAAUGGCGUUCAACGAAUGUUUUAGCCGAACCUGAAUUGGCAACAUUUACAACAGAUUUUGGUGUAACCUUUGGUCAUUUUAUAUGUUUUGAUAUGCUGUUCUAUAAACCGGCUCAGAUGCUGAUCGAUCAGUUGAAUAUCACGGAUAUUAUAUAUCCGACAUAUUGGUUUUCGGAAUUGCCAUUUUUAACGGCCGUUCAACUUCAACAGGGUUGGUCGUUUGGCAACAACGUUAAUCUCCUAGCAGCCGAUGCCAGCUAUCCACAAGGACAAAACACUGGUUCUGGUAUAUAUGCUGGACGUUUGGGUCGCCUAACUGGUGUUAUACAUGAAGAACCAACAACCAAGUUACUUACAGCCCAAGUUCCCAAACGUAAUUUCCAAGGCACAUACCAAUUACCCACCACAGUUAAACCCCUAUUCAGUCCACAAUUGGAGACCCCACGUUUUACAAAAAUGUCUCUGUUGCGUGAUUAUAAUGUGGAUAUUUUCACAACAAAAUUAUUGGAUGAAACGUUUAUCAGCGUCAAUGAGCAGCUAUGUCACAAUGAUUUCUGUUGUUAUUUCGAUAUUGAACGUAAGCUGGUGCAGGAUUCUCCAUAUCACGAAGCCUAUCGUUAUCGUUUGGCUGCCUACAGCGGCGAUGAGACAACAUUCCAGCGAGUCGAUAAUAGCAAUCAAAGUGUGUGUGCCGUGAUUAGUUGUACCGGUGAGGAACUAUAUACCUGUGGUUAUAUUUUCCCCGAAAAUGUUGCCGUGGGAAAUAAAUACUAUUUUAAUCGGAUUAAUGUUACGGGAGAUUUUGUCAAGUCGGAUAGGAGUGUUAUAAUGCCCAGCACGGUUAAUGCUGUGAUGAUGCCUUUGAAUGUGGAUAGCUUUGAUUGGUUGGAGGUGGAGGGUAAUCAAACAAUCCGUAUUGAAAUGGAUCUAACUUCCCCUCAACAAGAUCUGCUCACCUUUGGUAUCUGGGCAAAUUACUAUAGCUAUGUGCAAAAUACUCAUAACCUUGAUGAGCCUGUACCUUAUGUGCCAUAUCCACCAUCAAAUUCCACAACAAAUGCUGUAACUUCAGCUAAACUAAAUGGAGUCAAUCGUGUGGCCUAUGUAGCCUCCAUGUUGCCACUGUUUGUUGCAUUGCUAUUAAAAUAUUAA